GGCCGUGGGCCGUAAUUUUUCGACGUGUGAACAAAGUGCCGUCUGUCAAACCGUUGACGUAUCCUCAAUAAUGUGGUUAAUAGUGACGAGCCAAGGCGAAUAAAUAUAUGACAAAUAAUGACCGAGGAGUCAGAUAUUAUUUUUUUAGCUAUAAUAGCCUUGCGCUGUUUACGGUAACGGUUAAACAAGUUUAUUCUGAGUGAAUUUAUUCUACACAAAUGGCUGCCGAUGGGGCCACAAUCGCCGAGCUUAGAGCCGAAAUCGAAAGGCUCUCCAGGGAACUUGAUCUAGCAUCAACGGAGAAAAUACAAUCUGCACAAUAUGGACUAGCGCUUCUUGAAGAAAAGUCUAGUCUACAACAAAGAUGCGACAAUCUCGAAACUCUCUAUGAAAACGCGAGGCAUGAUCUAGAUAUUACGCAAGAGGCUCUUGCAAAGUUUCACACGACAACAAAGUUAACUACCAAAAGUGGUAUAGAGCAAGAGGAAAGUCUCUUGAGUGAGAGUGCAGCACGAGAAACAUCUUUGCAGGAUCAAAUUAUCGACUUGGAAAAUGAAGCCAAAUUGCUACGACAUGAAUUGGAACGGGUGCAAGCUGAGCGGGAUCACUCGUUGCAAGAACGUGAAGACGAAAGCAAGGAUUACCAACACGCAGAGUCAGAGCGCAAACAUCUUCGUGGAGAGCUUAGAGAGUGUAAAUUUAGGGAGGCCCGACUAUUGCAAGAUUAUUCAGAACUUGAAGAAGAAAAUAUCUCUCUUCAGAAGCAGGUCUCCGUUCUCCGUUCUAGCCAGGUUGAAUUUGAGGGUGCUAAACAUGAAAUCAGAAGACUUACUGAAGAUGUUGACUUGUUAAAUAGCCAAGUAGAAGAAUUGACCAGCUUGAAGAACAUUGCUGAGAAACAAAUGGAAGAUGCACUAGAAUCUUUGCAAGCUGAACGUGAAGCUAAAUACGCUUUGAAAAAAGAACUAGAUCAACGCAUUAAUAAUGAAUCCAUUUAUAAUUUAAGUAACUUGGCUUAUUCGAUCAGAGGAAUCACAGAUGAUCAAGCCAUGUGUAGCGACGGUGAAGAUGAUUCUCCUGCUUUGAGAAGAAUUGUUGCAGAUCUCAAGCAAGAACCAGGCACACCAGUCGACGGAAAGCAGGUUGAUUUAUUUUCCGAGAUUCAUUUGAACGAGCUAAAGAAAUUAGAAAAACAAUUGGAGCAAGCCGAAAGUGAUAAAGCAUUACUAACUCAGAAUCUCAGAGAGUCUCAAGCUGCUGUUGAAAAAAGUCAAGGAGAGCUACAAUCUUUUGUUGCAAGAAUUGUUCACCUUGCUGCACACGUACAGUCUCUUCAUCAUCUUCAUUCCAAGUUACCCAAGACGCAAAGCGAAGAAAUUGCUUUGGAUAAAAUGACUCAAGCGAUAGUGCAAUAUCACCAGUGGAGUACAAUGUCUGCACGUGAGGUCGAGCAGCUUCAAAAAGACUUAGCAGAUCUAGAAAAUGGUUUGACCAUGUCCGAUUCUACGCAGCAACUCAGAUCGGAGCUUACCAAUCUUAAGAAUAAGAUCCCCCUGUCAGAGCAGAGUCUCCGAGAAAAGGUUGGAGCGUGUGUCCCUGAUCUUUUAGAUACCGAACAUCGAAGUUUGGAACUUCAGUCGGACAUUUCAAUUCUUUCUGAAUUGGCAGCUGAUGCAGGAAGUUCACUUGAUUCAGCUCAAAAUGAUCUCCAAAAUAUUUCGGAUGAACUAGCUCAAUUAUACCAUCACGUUUGUACCGUCAAUGGUGAAACCCCAUCUAGAGUUCUUCUUGAUCACGAGAAGAUCGUUCCUGAUAAGGAGAACGCGAAAAUUGAACUCCUCAGAGCUCGGUUGAAGACAGAUGUUAAAAUCAGGGAUUUGGAAAGCCUCAGCGAAGCCAAAGAAAUUGGCAAACAUAUCGAAACUGUUGGGGACCAAAUUAAACAUCUCAAAAACGCCGUCGAACACACCAUCGAACUAUCCAAGAUAAAGGGGAUGAGAGUGAAUAUGACCGAAGCUAAUGACAGCAAAGAGGAAAUUGCUGAUAUUCAAGAACAAGUAAUUAAACUGAAGGCUCUUCUUUCAACAAAACGUGAACAAGUUGCCACACUUCGUACAGUUCUUAAAUCGAAUAAGAAUACGGCAGAGGUUGCUCUAACCAACUUGAAGAGCAAAUAUGAGAAUGAGAAGAGCAUUGUCAGUGAGACCAUGAUGAAACUGAGGAACGAACUUCGACUUCUGAAGGAAGAUGCAGCAACAUUCUCGAGUUUACGAGCCAUGUUUGCUGCUCGAUGCGAGGAGUACGUUACUCAAGUGGACGAACUGGAACGUCAGCUAGCAGCCGAUCAAGAUGAAAAGAAAACUUUGAAUCAACUUUUACGACUGGCCGUUCAACAAAAAUUAGGUCUUACGCAAAGACUAGAAGAAUUAGAAGUAGACAGAGAAAUGCGUAAUGCUCGGAGGCACGUCACUGGUGGUAAUGGUCGCGGUAAAACACGUUUCCCUCCACCGGCCAGCCGCACACAUCAAGGUAGAGAUUUUUUCUAGAAAAUGAGAAAAAUGUGGAGUAAGAUAUUUUGAGAGAGAAUUAAAUUUUGAAAUGUAUAUUUCAUCCAACAAGCUUUUACAAGGAACGUUUUCUUACAUAUUGCGACUAUAUUUUACGACAAUAUUACUAUCGUUUUGAUAGUAUAUAGUCGUAUCAAGUAAGUUGUGAACAUUUUAGUUUUCAAAUGUUACCUCUAUAUGAUAUUUUUACAGAAUGUACAAUUUACGCUGGUCGAAAUGUGUAGAAACAUACAGUUUGUGAUGUUGUUGAAUAGAAAAAGAUUUGAAAAUUUUUCUUAUCUCUACACUGUAUCUGCUCCAUAUUAUUCGGUAGAACAUAUAAAUUUUGACAUGUAAUCAAUGAAUUCGUCAUGCGGUUGGCACUUUUGUUCAAAUGCCAUCUUAAAAGGUGGACAACCUUUGCUAAAUCAAUGUAGGUAAAAGAGAAUGAGUAUGAAAAAUAACGAAAUAUGUUUAAAAUAACGAGGAUCUUUCAUUAAAAAGUAAAGUUUCCAUUGAAAAACAUAUCUCGAGACCAUAUUUUUGCUGAAAACACUGUUAAUAUUUGAUCAGCCGUAUUUUGGCUGAUAAUAUACAAUUAAUUGAACAAAUAAUUUUGUUUUAUCCAAGCAGCUCAUUAUAUUUCAUUAAAUUACCUCGUUGUUUGUUGAUUUUACCAAUUGAUUGUAAUAGCUAUUCGCUGUAAUUGAUCCAUUAUUUUUUUGUUUCCAUUUUCUAUGACGUUUCAACUGUAAAAAUUACAGUUCACUAACGAAUCCCUGAACUUUAUUGUAACUACAAUUGACAAUGACAGAGAGUCACGAUACUUUUUAAUGAAAUACACCGUGUAGUUUAAUACAGUAAAAUAACAGACUAGCGUAUACUAAUAGAGGGGGCCCAUAAGUAGAAGUGCAUUCAGUAUAUGAUGAUAGAAAAAGAAGGAGCACUAUACGAAAACAAUUGAAUGAAAUGUUAGAGUUUCAUAAUUUAGCAGAAAGAAUAAUUCAACCGUACAAGUUUUACUUAAAUCUAAAUAUUAUAGAAGACAAUAUACCACGAGUGUAGCGUUUAUAACCGAAGUAGAUGGUAUAAAUCUUUGGAAUAUAGAGCAAAGAAACGAAUAUAGUCGAAAAAAAUCAUUCCAAAUUGUCCCCUCGACUAAAGACUUUUGUUUUAAAUUACUGAUUUUAUUAAUGAAAGAAAAAACGACUAAUAACAGGCGAAGAGAAAGCUAACGAAGAAAAAAAAUUCGUUUUUGAUUUCUUGUUUUUCUGGUUAUUAUUAUUUUUUUUUUGUCAAUUUUGAGACCAUUUUUUGUGGAACAAUUGACGGUUGAGGAGAAUGGGGAUUUUGCAAUUUACCGACAGCUAUUACAAAUAAAAUACGAAUCGCGGGUUGCUAUUUGUCGUGAAACCUAACCGAGUGCUUUUUUAUGAAGAGUUAUUCUCCUCGUGGUUGAGUAUUUCGAUAAGUGUGACCCACGGAGUAUGCAGAACUCGGCCGAACUUGGUCCGAGAACUGAAUUGGUAGCUGAACCAAUAACAGCUAGUUUUUAAAAUUGAUUUUAUUAUUAUUAUUAUUAUUAUUAUGUAUUUAUGUUGUAUGUUAAAUAACAAAGUCUUAGUUGUAUUUGUACGAUUGUUUGAAUUGUAUUUAUUAUUUUCAUGACACGUUUCAUUCAUUGAGGACUACCUUAAAAGGCCAUUGGACUUACGGUAUUUUUACAAUUGACUUAUCAGCAUUUUAUUUUAAAACUGCAUGAUUUAAUUUGAAAGAUAAUUUCUUCGUAGUAUUCUAGAAACCGUUUAGUAUUUAUUCAAAGUAUUGUUUACGCCUAUUAUCCUGAGAAACUGUCAUGAAAAUAUAGAAAUCAUAGUUAUCACAUUAUUAAGUGGUUAUGAAAAUUUGAAACCUACAAAUCAAAGAUGAAGAAAAAAAAAAUUGUUUUCACAAACGCGACGAUGUGUUGAGCGCAUAAUACAAUGAAUCAUGUUCGAAAAUUGAUAACUAUCGAUAAAAUUUUAUAAUGAUUUUAUAUAUAUUUAUGCAACUGUUUGUCCGUUUUUCCUCUUUUCAUAAUCAUUGUUAACAAUUAUUUAUAACGGAAAGGGUAGUUCGCGUGCUCAUUAUUAUGUAUACAUACUUAUGGUGAUUUUGAUCACGAUUCAGUUUUUAACAUAACAGACUUAAGACGUACCUAAAUCAGAAAUUAAUGAAAUUCCUAAUUAUUAUCGAUAUAUGAUUAAUCAACUUAUUACGUCUCUUCAAUUUGUAUUAUAUUAUAUUGCCUGUGUCUAUACACUAAUUCUCAGCAACAAUCCGGCAUCAUAUUUUUUUGUCUGUUGAAUAAACUUUUUCAAUAACAGGUUCUUUUAUUAUUAUUUUUUAUCAUUUCUGUGUUAUCUAGGUGUUUAUUUGUAUAUUCUUUCAUUUGUUAAACUGAUUAUUUUUAAUUUUUUUGUCUACUGUAUCUAAUUGUGCCGGGGUUAUAAAAUUACCGGAUUUCAAUUCCCAUCCACUUAAAUUGAACGAAUGAGUUCAAAAAUUAAAUUUGCGGAAUGUUAUUACAAUUGUAAAAAAAAAAAUUUUAAAUUACAAAUGGUGAUCAGACCAAUGAAUCAAUUAAUGCUAAUUACUUAAUCUAGUAUCGCACAACGAUUAACUGCAGUUUACUAUUUUUUAAAAUAAUGAAAAUAUGAGAGUCGACGAAAAAAUCAGAGGUUCAGGAAUAGAAAAAGAGAAGAAAAAGAGAAAAAAAAACGAGAAAUUAUUUUUCCUAAUCGAUGGUGUUAGACACAGGCUAAGCCAUGUUGUAUCCAUGAACCGAGCCAGCCUCAGACCACCGUCCCUUCCCCCUGUUCACACCACCGUCAGGAUAAUCUAUUCGUGAUCAUUUUCGCUCCCUAAUAAUGAAUCCUGCUCUGUCUCUCAUUAUAUUGACGACGACGAAUUGCUUAUAAUUAACUAAGGCCAAUUUCAGUUAGAAAACAAGGUCAAUUGAAAGGAAUAUGCAUAUAUCAUGGUAGUGCACAGACCUACUCGUGUCCUGUAUAUAUACCCAAUAGCGUUCACAAUACGUAUGUAUUGCACUACAAUUUGAAACUGAUCUGUCCUUUGUGAACACUUCGCGUCCUUUGCAAAAGUUCCUCUACGCUGCAUUCUAUUUGAUGAUGAUGAUGAUGAUGAUAAUAAUGCCGGUGAAAUUAUGAAAUACAAUUCAUAAUGACAUUUUUGUACUUUGACGAAGUAAUGGUAAUCGACCCAAGUUUUCACAUACGGUAAAUAAGUUGUUUUAUUCAAAUGAAUUUGUGGAUUAUUGUAAUUACAUUGUCAUACAAGACAGGGGUAAAACAAGUCACCAGAACGAUGGAUUUGCUUAGUGAAUAUUUUGAAAUUUAUUGAGAAUCCAUAGCGUGGAAUUCGCGACUAGAUAUAAUUAUAUAUUAUUGAAUCAAGUUAAUUUGCUCAAAGCUUCCAAGCUCUAAUUGCGUCCUUUCCGAUCAAUGGACUCCUUGCGGUGGUGUGUUUUGGUUUAGAAUAAUAAUAGUCAUAAAUAACUAUUGGAUAUUUAAUAUUAAAGAAAAAAAGAGAAAAAAGAAACAAAGAAAUGAAGAAAAUGAAAAAUAAUUAAAAUUAAAAUAUUAACUAAUUGUAAUGACAAAAUAUUAUUGAAAAUUAAUAAUAAUAUACUACAAUGUGUGUAUCGCGACUGUGCUGCACUAGGAAGGUCCUUGUGCUGCUAGUUGCCAAGAAUUUAGAUUUUUUUUACUUGGUUUCAUUUUUCUGCUAUUCCUCGUCUGCACGAAUAACGAUCAAUUUUGUAUCCGAUUUUAAAUUUCCUCAUGCCACGAAUCUACAUAAAUACAUCGCUUCACGCCAUUUUCUACUUGGGAUCGGAUCCAAUUUUUUAUCUUCAAAAUAUAUUAAUAUAAUAAGGAUAUCUUUCAUUUCGUUGUUUGUGUACAAGACAAAAAAAUAGAAACGAAUAAGUGAGUAAGAAAACUAUAGUAUGUAACAGCUUCAAGGACCGCAAUUGUAUAUAAUGUAAAUGCACGAAUUAGCAUUGUACUAAACUUCAACAUGAUAUUAAUGAUUGUCUAAUGAAUUUAUCGAUCCAUUAA